CUCACUAUCAGGUACCCACUCCACGAUGAUGGGCCUCGCGAGCUCUCGCCCGCCGCUCGUCUCCGCGCCGGCGACGGCGACGGCGAGGCUGCCUCCUCACCGCCACCGCCGCCGCCGCCUCUAUCUCAGUGCCACCUCAUGCGCUUCGACCAAUUCCUACUCCUCCAGCGUCCUGUCCCAUGGAGGAACCUGUGCUCCGCGCUCCCUAGUGGCGGCGGAGUUGCAGUCGCAGUCGCGGCCGCCUCCGCUCGCCGCCGGCGUGUCCGUACGGGGAGACGCCGCGACGGGGCUCGCGUUCCUCCUCUUCGUUCUCGCUGUGGUGAUGAGUUCCUUUCUGUCACUGGCCAUCUUCUCAUUUCCAACAUGGAGAGCUCUGAAGCGAUUGGAAAUUGCUGUGCAUAAAUUGUCGAAAGUAGUUGCAGAAGAGGUACCAGGAACACUAUCUUCACUAAAGCUAUCAUGCCUGGAGAUCAAUGAUUUAACUAGCCAACUAAAGAACUUCAGACAAAGGCUCAUGAUAAAUAUAUUUGGAAACAACAGUAGUGUUGAUGCAAGAUCACAGACUGGAUGGCCAAAACGGGGAAAAAUAUGACUUAUUUAACCUGUAAGUUUUAUGGUAACUCUUAGCUUAUCACUCUUGCUGAAAUGCAUUAUCAAGUCGAUACAUGUGUGUCACAGUAGCCCUUGACGACUUGCAGCCACAUCAAACAUGUUGUGAUGCAAGUACCAAACUGUGCCUUGAGCCAAGACCUUCCAUAAAAGACUGGCAUUAUUGAUAAUGAGAUGCUUUCUUGUACAAUUACAUUUUAAGCUAUACUUUUUUAUUUGCACUGUCUGUAAUACAUCGUGCUCCCUACAGCUUUGCAUGUUUCUUGAUAAAACCUUGUUCAUAGUGCUUCAAAUCCUCUGGUGUUGGUAGGUUGCAUAGUAGGGUAACCCUUGCUGUUGACACUAGAUGUUUGCACUCUGAUGUGGAAGGAUCUAUCCGCCAUAUCUGGACCUCCCAAACCUGUCAGAAUUAGUAAAACAGAAAUGCUUGAGAUGUCUUGAAAUCAGAAGGUUGUGCAAAAUAUAAUUGAGACACUUGAUGAGAACAGAAGAACAAAGAAGAGAUAAACCAUGUAUCACCACUUAUGAUUCUGAUUUCUGAAGACAACAUACUUUACACAAACUGAAAGUUUAAGUGUAUACUACUGCUACUAAGCACCUGCCUCAUACAUAUAUUCUGCUAAUUGAGAGUUCUGUCUGUAGAACUGAAGGUUUACAGGCAACUAGAAGCAGGUAACAGGAAACCAAAAGUGCCUUUUGCAAGAUUUUUGCAACUUUGAGGAAGGCUAGAAUGAUUGAUGUAACUUAUAUGAACUUUAGGUAAUACAAUUGGACAAACUUCCUGACUGAUGCUAAUCUUGUACUAGCAUUAUGACUUCAAUAUAAAUAGUCAGCAUGAUGUGUUGACACUAUGAGUUAUGGGCUGCAAGAGAUGACCUUGUUUGGCACUUUCUGAACAAUUUUCUUCUUAGUGCCUUAGUCAGAGAAGACUGCUCGGCAGAAAGUCCAACUUUUUUCUGUUGUAAGUCUCAUCUUUCACUCUCCUAACCCCCAACUAACAUGGAAUCUUGAUCUUCCUUUCCCAAAUGAUGAACUUGCCAAUAAUUACUUUGUUUGAUCUAAUUGUAAUCUAGUGUUCCAGAUUCUGGUCAGCUGGAGUACUGUACUGGUCCUACUAGGCAUAUUCAAUUAACAACUACAAUGACAAGUAGGUUGUGUGAUGAAUUAUUUAUCUGUUUGGAUCUUUGAAGAAAAUAGUACAGUACUCUAGAAAGCAAGUAAGAGAAUUUUGAUUAGUGGGUAAUUAAUUAAGCUGUUAAUAAUUUUUACCUGGAUGGUACGGCCGAGCUGCAUGGGCUUGGCCUUCGCCUGGACGGUCUCGCCGAGGUGGGCCGGCCUGAUGUGGUUGAUGGACAGCUGCACGCCGGCGACCCUCCGGUAGCCGGACGCGAUGUAGCCGCCGAUGCUCGCCGCCGCCUCCGCCAUCAGCGCCGACACGCCGCCGCCGAGCACCUUGAACGGCUGCACGCAAGCACGAACGUCGAGACAUUUUUUUUGGAAGCCAAGAAGGACGGGACGGCCGGCCGGCGGCGGCGAUCGUACCUGGCAGCAGGUGGCGGUGACGAGGAGGCGGCCGACGACCUCGCCGGCGGUGAUGGUGGUGAACUCCAUUCCCAGGGAGUGCAGAGCAUUGUCCGGCGGGCCGUACUCCGGCGGCCAUGGCCAGCUACUCUCUCUCUUUCCGUCCUCGCCGGCGCCGGCCAUUGCUCUGCUCACUCCGGUGAGGUGAGAGAGGGCAGAAGAGGAGGCCUUGCCGGAUAUGGUUGGGCCGGAGUGCAUAUAUAUUAAUCAGCCCACUUAAUGGCCUGUUCUUUUCUAAUCAAAGGAUGGACGAAUGCGCAUGCUUCUUUGGUUUUUAGUUUUAAAAGUAAUUUUUAACUUUAUGAUCGUUAAUUUAUUCAUUUGUAUCAUCUAUACUAAUUAUCACAAUCAUGUAACUAUUCAGUCAUUCAGAUAUUCAACACAAAAUAAUUAUUCUGUACUCCACCAGUCCUGGAAUGUAAGAACAUGUAGACAUUUUGUAAGA